AUGGCCACCCCAAAACCCGUCCAGCUCCAGGAGUACCCGCCUCCAGCGUACACUGGCCAGGGGUCCUCCACCCCCGGCUACUACAGCGCUAUCUCCGACCCUUUCGCCGACCCUGCACCCUCCCACCGCCCGCCCCUCUCUCGCGCGCACUCCUCCUCCCCACUCCCCGCCACUGCCCGAUACCCCCCACUUGCCUCUGGAUCCUUUUUCUCCCGUACCAGGGACGAAAUCUAUUUAUUCUUCCACAGACCCUUCUUCUGGAUUGCCCUAAUCUGCAGCUCCCCUUUCCUCUCACUCAUAAUCAUCGACAUCGUCACCACCACCGCCUUCCCCUCCUCUGUGCUCUACCGCGAGCUCCUACGCAGUAAAUUCGAAUACGCAACAGUCAUCAUCUGCAUAUUCACCGCUAUUAGCAACUUCGCCUUCGCCGUCAUGGGCACCAGCGCGUACCGGUGGAGCAAGAAACCCUACGUGGCACCUACCAUCCUCUGCACCGUCUUCACCUUUUUCUUCAUUUUCGCAUGUUGCUGGCGCACGAUCUCUACGCGGAUGCACAACGCCAACCCCGCGCAGUGGCCCACAUGCGCAGCACGGGGCUUCGGCGCCACGAUCACGGCAAGCAUCGAGGUUGGCCACGGCGCCAGCAACAUCACGAUAGUGUCUGCGCACAAUAAGAACGACGUGCUCGGCCUGCAGCUCACGCCGACGGUGCAGGAGAGUCGCGACUUGAACUACUUCUACGCCAGCGCGGUGCCGUGGUUAUCGAGUGAGCGGGUGUGGAGCGCUAUCGAUGCCACGGGCGGAGGCAUGAAUGUAGAUUUGUCGCUCGAGAAGCACCGAUACGGGUUGGUCUAUGCGGGUAACACCACGAAUGGGCGCUUCGCCGAUAAUCGCAGCUUCUUUCUAGUGUUUCCCGAGCUGGGGAUUAAGUCUUCUUCGACGCGGACGUGGAGCUCCAGCUCCCCUCCUGACCUUAGCCGCGUCGGUAGUGAUAUUCGCGAUGAUGAGCGGCCGGUGGUGGAACUGGUUGAAGGGAAGCGAGUGGUGUUGGCGACAGUGCCUAGUGAGGUCGAGAGGGGUCAGAACAAGGAUAAAGGUAAGAAUACUGAGAUGGUGUGGCGGAUGUGUGGGAUGUGGAGCGUGGAGGAGAUGUUGGCGGAUAGGGAGGUAAUGGAGAAGGUUUUGGCGCCGCUUACAAGGCUGGGGGUUGAGAUGGAGUUGUGGGGGGCAAAGAAUGCGGACUAG